CGCACACGCGUACUGGCCGGAGGAUACAGAAAAGAUGGGCGAACGGGCGACUGGGCGGGCGACCGGGGCCACGGCCGCGGCUGCAUCGUCCCUAGCCGGAGGAUACAGAAAAGAUGGGCGAACGGGCGACUGGGCGGGCGACCGGGGCCACGGCCGCGGCUGCAUCGUCCCUAGCCGCCGGUGAUGGCCAGAGAGUCGGAGGCCGGUUCUGGGCUCUUGCCGAUCCGGAUGAGGAGGAUGCGGACGACGACAGGGAUGGGAUCCCGGCGGGUUCUCCACCGUCUCUGACUCCGUCAGAUCUCAUAUGUGAGUUUUUUCAUUCAGGGUACGACGAAGAUGAAGUGGCAACAACGGUUGAUGGUGUACUGCCACCUGAUGAUCCGGCAAGAAUUGGAUUGCACGCGGGAGAGAAGAAAGAAAUGAUCCGUUGCGUAGUUCACUGGAGAGCGGCGGCGACGGCAAUCAAACCAUGGAAAGGUCCCCUCCCGAAGGUUAUUUUCAAAGCCACGGCGUUGAUCCGUUCGUGGUCGUUACUCACUCCGACGGAGGCCAGGGAGCAUUUGGUUAUUGAAUCUAUUCGUUGGGAGAUGAUAACUCCGGAUAUCUUCAACCGAUUUGGAUGACGAUCAUGUAAUAGGAUAUGCAAUUAGUUUACCUAUCUCUCUUUUGCCAGUCGGUUGUGGCGUCCUUUA